CUAAUAAAGUUGGUGUAUUGGGUGCUCCUAGUGGAGGUGAGCCUUUCACAAAGCAACUUUCAGUUGCAUAAGCCGUACGAUCAACCUACUGCGAAUCGUUAUAGUAAAAGCAAUGGAGUUGAAAGGUUUUGGGUCUUCAGCAACGAUAAACCAUUCAAAGAGGGCAGCCCUACUAAGCCUCGCACUGAAAUGCGCAUAUCGGGAAAUGACUACACCUCAGGAAUAUGGCAAUUCGAGGGAAACUUCUAUGUCCCAAGCGGGACAAACGGCGCUUGCAUAAUGCAAGUGUUCGGGGCAGCCAAUCAAGCCACGACCUUGCAAUUGAGAGUGUACGAUGGGAAUUUGAGGGCUUAUAAGUCGGAAUUGGUGGCUUCUAACAUCUUCGAUACUUGGUUUAAGCUGAAUGUGAUCCACGAUGUUGGCAAUUCUAGGGUUACAGUGUUCAUUAACGAUGCCCAAAAGGUUGUAUUGGGUGGCAAAGGAGCUUCCACCUUUUACUUUAAGUAUGGAGUUUAUUCUCAGGAUGGUUCUAGCAAUCGCAUGGAGUCAAGGUGGAGUGGUAUCAAAGUUUAUAAGAAGUAAUUUUUGUUUACUUUUCGGAAUAAAAGUACUGUGAAAAAUGUAAGUCCAGUACUGUGAAAUAAGAUGUUGAAAUAAUGCUAAUAAGCUCUAGGUUUAGUAGUACUAUACUACCAUACAAGGUGAUGCAAGUAUUUGUUGUGAUGAUAUACAUUCUAUACAAUGAUAUUUGCACGCUA